AUGGGGGUUGACGUGGGGCAGGAGUCGAAGCGGCAGACGGACGUGGUGUUCGACGGGCACCGCUGGACCAAGUACGGCCAGAAGGUGUUGCUGCACUCCAGCUUCUUGCGGUCCUACUACCGGUGCAGCUACUGCAGCGCGGCCAAGGGGUCGUGUCCGGCGCGCAAGCUGGUGGACCGGCACCCGUCCAACCCGCACGAGAUCCGCGUGGGGUACCACGGGCGCCACAACCACGCGGGCCUCAGCCCCGCAUCGCCCACCAUCCAGCGCUCCGUCACUCCCCCCCCGGAUAUGUCCGAGUCAUCGCAGAGCAUGGCCGCUGCUGCUGCUGCCGCUGUCGCUGCUGCAGAGGCGUCGGGUUCUGUGAUGGGCGGUGGUGCGGGGGGGACCGGGGAGGCGGGGUUGAGCGGAGGUGGGGAAGGUCAGUCUGUGGCAGAGGGGGGGAAUGCGCGGAUCCCAAUGCAGUUUGGGGAUUUGGGGGGGGAGGGAGAGGAGGGCGCGGAGGGGGGUGAAGGGGGGGGCCAAGACCUGGACUACAAAACGUUUGAAGCCAUGCUGAGCCACGGCGAGGAGAUUCUGGUGGGCAUGGACGACGAAGGGGAGGGCGAGGAGGAAGGGAGGGAGCAGGGGGAGGGGGAGGUGGAGGGUGGUAGGGAGGGGGCGCAGCAGGGGGGGCGGGGGGAGCAGGCGGAGGUGGAUGAGCGCAGCUGGCGGUCGCUGCAGCUGCCUGAAGAUGGGUACCUGUGGGACCCGCCCCGCCGCCACAAGCCGCUCGUCAACUCCAUGUACAUCCGGGUGGUGUAUCGGUGUGCAUACCACCCGGAAGGCAGCGCCAGGUGUCCAGCAAUGCGAGUGGUGGAUAUCCACCGCGCCAACGCGUCCUCCCUGCAGCUCACCUACACGCGCCCCCACUGCCACCCCCAGCCCGUCCGCAUUCGCCUCACCCGCCGCCCUGCCACCCCCCGCUCCUCCACCCCCCCCUCCGCCAGCCCCCCUUCCGCCACCCCCCCCUCCGCCACCCCCCCCAAGGGGGAAGGGGGCGGGCAUGGGAUGGGUGGAGUGGAUGGGGCGGUGGGAGAAAACGGGACAGGCAGAGCAGAAGGGAUGAUAGGAGGAGAAGGGAUGGUGGGAGGUGGGGGGGUGGUGGGAGGAGAAGGGGUGAUAGGAGGGAUGGUGGGAACAUGGGCAGGUGUUAGGGGUGACUCUGGCCUAAGUGCUGGCACUGGUGGUGGUGGGGGAGGUGGUGGUGGUGGUGGUGGUGCGUUGGGUGCACAGGUGGCGUUGAGUGCACAGGGGGCGUUGGGUGCGCAUGGGGCAUUGGAUGAAGGUGGGGCGUUGGAUGAAGGUGGGGCGUUGCCUGUGCCAGGAGGGGUGUGUGGCACUACUGACAGGCUGGGCCCAAGCCCGCCGCUCAAGCGAGCAAAGCUCUCAACACCUACGAAUCAUGCAGCACCCCUCCAUCCUGCAUCAAAUACACUCACCCGCACGGUUUCAGGGCAGGACCAGUCGUGGGGGGGCUUGAUGGGAGGAGGGAUGGGAGGAGCAGGAGGAGCAGGGAUGGGAGGAGGAGCAGGAGGAGGAGCAAGAGGAAGGGGGGAGAGAUGGGGUGCAGGAGGGGCACGGCGAGUGGAAGGAGGGUUGACUCGAGCGUUUCGGGAGGCGGAGGCUGGGAAGGGUGGGGCGACGGCUGGGCUUGGCACUGGUACUGGGUUAAGUCCAGGUGCGGGCCUAAGUGCUGGUACUGGGCUUAGCACGGGGGGUCUGAGUGCAGGGGCUUUGAGUGGUGGGGGCAUGGGAGGGGGGUUGAGUGCAGGGGGAGUGAGUGGUGGGGCAGAAGCACAGGGAGGGGGGGGGUUAGUUGGACUAGAACGCCUACCCAGUGAUGCCUCCACUGCCGGCAACCUCGCGAGCGUACGGGGACUCUCCCCUCUGCAGAUGCAGAUGCAGGCAGACGCCGAGGGAGGAGAUGCCUUUGCGGCAGGAUCAGCUGGUGGUGGGGGUGGGGGUGAUGAUUUGCUGCUUAGUUUUGUAGCAGCAGAGCCAGGUGUUUCCGCAGGUGGUUCUAGGGCUGUGGGCGAUGCGGCCUUUUCAGCCGGCAGCAACGCGCGACCGGCAUGGAUGGGAACGUGGGAGGCACCUGAAACCAACGGUCAGGAUCCUCCGGAUGAGCUCCCGUCUUUCCUCAAGGAUAUCCAGACAGGAGGGCUGUCGACACUAGGAGGAGGGGGGAGGGGGGCGGCAGCAGCGGCAGGGGGUGUGGGUGGGGGGACAGUGGCACGGCUGUCGUCAGUAGAAGGGAGGGAGCUGCAGAACCUGCUUCGCUUUGGCAGUAUGGGGGGGCUUCUAGCCCCUCCGCUUUCUAGACUUGGCUCCCUAGCGGCAGGGGGAGCAGCAGCAGGAGGAGGGGCAACAGGAGGAGGAGGGGGAGGAGGAGGGGGAAACGAGAGGGAGACAGUGGCACGGUUGUCAUCAGUGGAUGGGCGGGAGCUGCAGAACCUGCUUCGCUUUGGCAGCAUGGGGGGGCUUCUAGCCCCUCCUCUUUCCAGGCUAGGGUCCCUAUCGGAAGGGGGAGGGGCACCAGGAGCGGGGUCAGCUGGGGGAGGAGGGGCAGGAGGAGGGGGUGGGGCGGGGGGUGGAGUGGGAAACGAGAGGGAAACAAUGGCACGGCUGUCAUCAGUGGAUGGGCGGGAGCUGCAGAACCUGCUGCGCUUUGGCAGCAUGGGGGGGCUUCUAGCCCCUCCACUCACACGUCUUGGCUCACAGGCAGCAGCAGCUGCUGCAGUUGCCACUGCUGCCACUGCUGCCACUGCUGCUGCUGCUGCUGCUGCUGCUGCUGCUGCUGUCCAGAGACUAAGUCCUGAACGUUCCCCUGUACACUCACCAGCUACACCGGCUGCAGCAACAGGUGGUGCUUCUAGGCUGCAACGCACUGGCUCUCCUGUCUAUCGACCCUCCUUCUCGCCUCCUCGUCCUUCCCUCUCCCCACCCUCUCACCGCCCUCCCUCCCCUCCUGCUCCUCGUCCUCCCUCCCCGCCCGCUGCCCGCUCUCCCUCUCCCCUUUCCCGCCCCUCCCUCUCGCCGCCAAAGCGCCGCCCAGGCUCCCCUCCCACCCAUCGCCUGGCUUUUGAGUCAACUCAAAAUUUAUCCUGCCCAGGCUCCCCUCCUGCCCAUUGUCUGGCGCGCGUGGAUUCGCUCACUUCCAACUCGCCCCUCACGUCGCCCACUCCUGUGGUUUGGGGGAAGCAGCGCGCAGGGUAUGGGGACGGCCUGGCUGAUGGGGGGGCCCUCCCGUCUCCCCCCCCUCCCAGCGGGACAGAGGGGGUCUUUCAGGAGCCACCCUGCCCCGGACCCCCUUGCCGCCCGGCCGGCCAGGGAGCAGGGGAGGCAGCAUGGACAGAGACAGGACGGAAGGAGAUCACCCACGCUGCCACAGGCAGGCGCAUGGAGAGGUGGGUGGGCGCAUGGAGAGGUGUGUGGGCGCAUGGAGAGGUGGGUGGGCGCAUGGAGAGGUGGGUGGGCGCAUGGAGAGGUGGGUGGGCGCAUGGAGAGGUGGGUGGGCGCAUGGAGAGGUGGGUGGGCGCAUGGAGAGGUGGGUGGGCGCAUGGAGAGGUGGGUGGGCGCAUGGAGAGGUUUUAUUUCGGUUGUUCCGUUCCGGGCUGCCCGGCGCGAAAAGUUGUGGAUGUUCAGCUGCCCAGUUGCCGCCCCAUGAGCCCUGCUGUUGUAGAUAGCGUGUACUGUGGGGAGGAAGGGGGAGAAGGAGGCAGAGGAGGCGAGGGGGGGGAGGGCUGGGGGAACGAGGAGAGAAGAGAGCGGAUGGAGGAGAGCGGUGGGGAGGGCGGGCCUGGGGAAGGGGUGAUGACUGGAGGAGCGGGAAAUCCAGGUGGGAAGAGGAGAAGAGGGCAAUGGCUGGGGGAAGGUGGGGUUUUCGGCACUAAGAGGAGUUGUGCUGAGCCUGCUGCAGCAGGGGCUGGGUACGACUGGGAAGGGGAGGUCACCGGGCAGGUGACGGAAACUUUUUACGGGUUCCAUCUGGGGCACACCCAACCGUCCCCCUCCUCUCUCUUCCACUCCGCGCCUACUGCAGCAGCUGCUGCUGCUGCUGUCACUCGUUCCGACGCUCACUUGCCGUCAGCUCAAACCGCCAAUGAGACAACCUCUGUAACAGGGUUACCACCAGUGCAGGGUGGUUCUGAGGUGCGUCCAUGCCUUGAUCAAUCCAGCGGUCUCCCAUGGGCCCAUGGCGGGUGUGAGGUGCUUGCAGGGUGUGGGAAUGAACGAAGUCUUGAGAAAUCCCAAGGGUCGCGUGCAGGGUUAGAGUCAAAUGGGCACGCCAACAUCUUGCGAGUCUCUUCUCUCCCACCCAACUCCUCUUUGAUGCCCUCACAACCCUCCAUCCCUCAACCCCCAACCGACCGCACACACCCCUCCUCGCAGCCUUCCCCCCAGCCCUCACCCGCAGCGUCCCCUGCCUCUUCCAAUCUACUCGCCCCUCUCCCACGCUCCCUUGCUCGCCAGAGGCCCGUGGUCUCACUCUCGCCAAACCGGGACAGUUUUCCGGGCAGUUACGAAGGAUUAGGGCAGUUUGAAGGGCAGGGAACGGAAGACAAUUAG